AUGACUGAGCCCGAGUAUGAUGAUGCAACAUUGGUGUUGUCAAUAAUUGUUUCCUUUUCCAUCACAAUCGUCCUUGCGAUUGUAUUUUGCAUCUACAAGAUUUUCCUUUCUAGAGAUCACAAUGGCGAGUACCAGAGCUUAUCAUCAUCUAUCACCGAUAAUUUGUUAGGAUCACACCUGAAUGAUGUCCCCAGAGAGUUUCUCAACGAUGAAGAGAGUUUGACGCACUUGGCAGAGACGUUUGAUUUUACAGGAUUAUCACCAGAGGAGCAACAGCUGUACCUUAAAGGACAAGAGUUUACUGUGAAUAACCCGCCUGAUUUCACAAAAACUAGGGGAAGAACAUUUUCCGCCGAAGAUGAACGCAUGAUCAAAGAAUAUGGGAUUAAUGUGUUUUCAUUUGAAAUGGAGGAGGAUUUGUUGAAUCCACAUUAUAUCGUUGCUGAUAGGACUGAAUUGAAUUUCAAUAAUAAUGAUUUGCCGUAUUGCACCACAACGGCAAGUUUGAAUUAUCCAUUGCCAGUAAAGAAUAGGGUAUAUUCUGAUACAGUAUACUUUGAAACCAAAGUAUUUGAGUUUGUUCAGGACCCAAAUUCAUCUACGCAACACUUUUCAAUUGGGUUAAUUACAAAGCCAUACCCUACAUCAUUUAGAUUACCCGGAUACAAUAAAUUCUCCAUUGCAUAUGAGAGUACCGGUAACUUGAAAAUUAAUAAACCAUUUCCUACUCCAUUGCAACAACAUCUUUGUGAACAAAGUCAAUAUAAUGCAUUGGUGUUGCCUCCAUUACAAGAAGCAGACGUGGUUGGAUUCGGUUAUGUCAUUCCUUCAGGUACAUUAUUCAUCACCCGUAAUGGGAAAAAACUUUUGGAUGUGAUGAAGGGAUGCUUUGUUGAUUUGUACCCAGCCGUUGGUUGUUUUUCAACAAAUGCCAAAUUUCAGGUCAAUUUGGGCCAAAGUGGGUUUGUUUGGAUCGAAGCAAACGUGAGAAAGUAUGGAUUUGUUUCGACAAGUGAUUACAAAAAGUUGGGAGGUGAACGAGGAUUGGCGAAUUUACCUCAAUACAACAAGGUUCUCAAGGAUAAUAGUGACAAGUUGCUUGACAAAGGCGAAGAAUUACCACCAAGGUACAACCUGGAGGAAGAGCUAGAUUUUUUUGGAAGAAGCUCAACCGUGAGAGUAGGGUCAAGUGCUCAACACAUGAGAAUGAAUGAAAAGGCGACACCAAAAGGUGGUGACAUUGAUGAAGAUGAAGAUGAAGUAAAGAGUAUUGAUAGGACGCAUGUGACCAAUGAACCAGAAGAAAUUAUGGAUUUCAGAGAGAGAAUAUAUGAGCAAAACAUUCGCAAUGAUGUGCUGGACGAUAGUCAAUCAGAGUCGGUUCCAUUGCUUGCGUCGGAAAGUGAAUAUGGUUCUAAUGGGGAAACAGAAACCACUAAAGAGCCAAAUGCGGUAGAAGAAGAAGCUGGUGAAAUGCAGAAAGCAGCUAUCGAAAAUGAAGAAACCCAACUGAGUGAACAAUCACCCGAAACAGAGCCUCAACAAACUGAACCAGAAGGAGCUCCUCGACAAAUUGAACCAGAAGGAGCUCCUCAACAAAUUGAAUCAGAAGGAGCCCCUAAAGUAACCGAACCAGCGAGCCGCGAUGCAACACCUGAAGGCUCCUCUCAACAAUCAAAGAAUAAAAAGAAGAAGAAAUCUGGUAAAAAGGGCAACAAAAAGAAAAAGAGAAAGUAG